GCCGCGGUCUGAGGUACCGGCUCCCAGCUCCGGGUCCCGGGUCGCGGCUGGGCGGCGCGGCCCCUCGCGCCCUGCCGCCAGGCCGUCAUGCAAGGCCCGGGAGGGAACGUGAGCCGCGGACUGCCAGGCGGGCCGGCCUCCACGGUCGCGUCCGGGGCGGGCCGCUGUGAAAGCGGCGCGCUCAUGCACAGUUUCGGCAUCUUCCUGCAGGGGCUGCUCGGCGUCGUGGCCUUCAGCACAUUGAUGCUUAAACGCUUCAGAGAACCAAAGCAUGAAAGACGACCAUGGAGGAUAUGGUUUUUAGAUACUUCCAAACAAGCCAUAGGGAUGCUGUUCAUCCACUUUGCCAAUGUGUACCUAGCAGAUCUCACUGAAGAGGACCCUUGUUCACUGUACCUCAUCAACUUCCUUCUGGACGCCACUGUAGGCAUGCUUCUCAUUUAUGUGGGCGUACGCGCUGUCGGUGUCCUGGUGGAGUGGCAGCAGUGGGAGUCCCUGCGGUUUGGAGAAUACGGAGACCCUCUGCAGUGUGGGGCCUGGGUGGGGCAGUGUGCCCUUUACAUCGUGAUCAUGAUCUUUGAAAAGUCCGUGGUCUUCAUCGUCCUGCUCAUUCUCCAGUGGAAAAAGGUGGCCCUAUUGAAUCCAAUUGAAAACCCAGACCUGAAGCUGGCCAUCGUCAUGCUGAUAGUCCCCUUCUUUGUCAAUGCUUUCAUGUUCUGGGUGGUAGACAAUUUCCUCAUGAGAAAGGGGAAGACGAAAGCUAAGCUAGAAGAAAGAGGAGCCAACCAGGACUCAAGGAAUGGGAGCAAGGUUCGAUACCGGAGGGCGGCAUCCCAUGAAGAGUCAGAGUCUGAGAUCCUGAUCUCAGCUGAUGACGAAAUGGAGGAGUCGGAUGCCGAGGAGGACCUCCGCAGACUGACGCCCCUCAAGCCUGUGAAGAAGAAGAAGCACCGCUUUGGGCUGCCUGUGUGACACACUCCCACGCUGCCUGCCGGGGACAGUCCUGGGGCCCGCCCUGCAGCAGCGUCCCUUCCCUCCUCUCCACCCUCCUCUUCUACCUCCGCUCCUCUUGCUGUCUCCGCCCGCUCUCCGCCAGCCCGCCCCAGACUGCUGUGACUGAAGAGGGAAGAGGACCGUGCCCGGGGCUGUGGGCAGCUGGAGGUCCCGCUCAGUUGCACUACACACACUGACCAAAUAUGCAAGCGAAGAGCUGUGUCCGUCUGUCUGUCUGUCGUCAUCGUCGUCGUCCCUUGGGGUGUCGUGAGACCCUGUCCUGUGUCUGACCAGCAGGCGUGAGGGAAGGAAACCGAGCACACAUCGACUGUUGUGGGUCCUCGUGCUGAGGCUGGGGCCCUGUGGACAUGUGACGAGCUUGGGGUUAACAGCCACAGGUUGACCCAAGUUGGAACAGGAAUGCUUUCUUACUCAAAAUGGCUUUUGUAACUCUUUAUUUCUAAAGCCAGUUUUAUGAGCUGUGACAGUGUUACUGUUUUUUGAGUAUGUGUUUAUUUCCUACAAAGUAUCUAUGGUCUAACGGGCAAACAGAUUUUUAAGUCUUCCGUAUGCUGUUUGACUUUGAUAUUUUUUAAGUUAUAUUUUCAUACUACUGUAUUUAAAACUCUUUUUAAUCCCCAAAGAAAUGGAUUUGUUUGCCUUUCAUGGGGUAUGAGCUGAUGGGAGGUGGGUAGAAGUCGGGAGUUUCUUAGCCGGGAAGAUUGUUAGGUAACACCUGAUGAUGAGGUGAAGGAUCCUGAUGGGAAGGGUAGAUAGCCUUUAUCUGCGGUCAGAAAUCCACAGUGUGUUAAGGUCAGACCUGGGCAGGAGGCAGCUGUUCCGAAUGGAUCUGUAUGCUCCAGCGUAUGGGAGCAGAGCCAGGGCAUACAAGCUGGCAUGUCAGAGGCUUUGGUUAAACCUGACUGAGGAAGGAGCUCAAGAGUUAGACGUUUGUGUCUGGAGGACUCAAGACCACCAGGCUCCUCCUGUUGGCUUCCUGCCUCUCUCAGAGCCUCCGAAUCUCAAAUGAGAGCAUGGUCCCAGCCUCUGCUCCCAGUACAGCAGCUCGAAGAGCCAACCUUUGCCUUGGUGCCUGUCACCAGCUGUCACCUGCUUGCUUGCUCAGCUGCCUGGCCAGGGAAGCCUGUUGUCAUGCCCUCCAAAGUUGCGAAGCGGCAGGGGCAGAGCAGCUUCCAGUGAGAGCUUUGUCUUACUGUGUAGCUAGUGUGAGGUGUUUCUAGACUAUGGCUCCUUCUUGGUGGUUACGCCGUCUUCUCAGCCUGGCCACAGUUCACCUGGUGGUACGGGCUAACCUGGCACUCUCUGCUGUAGAAGAGUGUCUGGUGGUUUGUCGUCCAGCACGCAGGCACAGUGGUAAGGAGCACAAGGACACCCCACUACUUCAUGGUGUGGCUGAGGCCUUAGGUGAGGCGAGCACAGAGGAGCCGACUCUCCUCAGAUCCUUCUUCUAAACCUGCGGAAGAAUGUGUUUUGCUUAAGCAUCCAGGAUCUAAGUCUGCUGUGGCAUGUGAACCCAGCCUUUACCCAGAGUACCUGGGGCUGUCCUCUGCCACAGGAAGUCUUACUUGUCCUAGACAGAGGGUGUGCUCUGGGGUCUCUCUCGGCUCGUCUUCUCGUGCAAGCACGCUGAGAAGAGAGAUUGAUUGCUGUUGGACGCUUCACAGCCAGGUGAGGCAGAGGCCAGUGACCUGUGAGAUGGAUUGGUCAGGCCCUGCAUUGUUCCUGUUUCCUAUUUCCUUUCCAUCCUACAGCCCUGGCCACUCCCUUCCCCCUCUCUAGUGAGGCUGCACUGAGUGUUGUGGGAAGAGUACAACUGGAACUCCUGAGGGAGAUGGUCAGCUCCCAGGGGCGUUGCUGAUGUCAUCCUCCCCUCCCCUCCGGUUUCACUGUGCUAGAGAUGACCAUCCUUCUGGAGCUCAGGGUUGGAACCUCAUUUUCAGACUUGAGCGCCUAGAGUUUCCAAACCAGCCACAGAGGUGGGGGAACCACUGCCAAGGAUGGAAACUCCAGUUGCACAGGCCUCCCAGAGGUGAUCUGUAAGGUCCUGCCGGUGCCCCAGCACAGGGCCUGAGGGGCAGAGGAAGUGGGGGUAGGUUCUUUGUGCAUCCCGAUUCUCACUAAGGGCUCUAGUCUCUGAGCUGCUGGCUCAGCGGGAGAGGAGGUCCAGCGGGUAUCUGAUAUUGGAGCCUCUGUGCAGACUCGGGGUGUUUGCCCUUCCCCCUCUCCUGUGUGGAUGUGUGCGUGCACACGUGCAGCCUAGGCACAGACACUCACGCCGUUCUGCAUCCCUCGGGAGAGCCUCCCAUGGUCGCUAAGGCCUUCCUGUUACUGCGGUGCACUACCCACUAGAGUGGAUGUAGAGGGCUCCGAUCAGGAUGUCUUCCCGAGCUGUCCUCCCUCCCUGGGAUGAGUGUCCCCAUCACUUGUUCCAAGGUGCCUUAUGAGGUGGGACCUUUUAUUGGCUGAUGGCAAGACAUCACCAGGCUUAGGGAAGAAACAAAAAAGUGGAAAGCUGACUUAGCUAUUGUGUGCUGUCAAUCUGAUUUGUCCAAGUUGGUGUCUUGGCCAGCCUGCUCUUGGUGGAAGCUUGCAAGCCAAGGCGAUGAAUGAGUUUUUUGUAACUAACAGAAAUAAACCGAAGAGAGCGCUGACACCUAA